ACAGAAUCGAAGCUGUAGAGUCUUCGGUCGUGCGCACCACGGCCGUUUUCGAUACGUACAAGAGGCAAAGGAGUCGAUCAAAGACACAGAUUUGCACUUCUCGUCGAAGCGACCAAGAGACGGAGAUCAAAAGCUCGAACGAUCGAGACCAAGCGCAGAUCACUCGCAUAAGGGCUUGGCGGCCCAAUCGGCCUCGCGCGAGGGUUUCGCAUCGCAGCGUAACUGAGAUCAAAACGUUUAUACUAGCAACAGUAGAAGUACGACGCGGCUUUAGCGCAGAGACGAAAUAAGCUUAUGCUCUGUACUAGCUAGUUCUUUUAGCAGAGCAGGAAGUGCUGGCACGACCACGACCACCUCCACAGUAGUAGGGAGCUGGCAGUGCAGCUUCGGCGAAGUAGAAAAAGGAAAGCAAUUCUUAGAGCAAGAACGCGGACUUCACGACCAAUAAGUCGAGCAGAGAAUAGCUGGGAGAGUGAGUCCGAGAACCAGAAUAAGAAGUAACUAGCACGAGGCUGAGGAUUGGAGUUCGAAGAAGGACAGGUACGUCAGAGGAAGGAAGAACAGAAAGACACUGAGCCGUAAGUAGAAGAGGAUGCCAGAAGACGGCUAUAGUCCUAGCGCGGCAGCACCGCAGAGUUUCUCUGCUCUGCCGAGCGCUGUCAAUAGGUCAGGCGAUCUCGGUGGGCCACAGCAGCAGCAGGGUGGCUCAGCCGCCUCUGGGGAAGUCGUUAGUCUAUUCGUGCCAUCAGAGCUGUGCGAUAGUCGGAAUGAGGAUGGAAAGGCGCAGAACAGGUUACUCAAGAAAUACCCGUUCGAGAAAGUGGGAAAAAAUACGAAAAUAGCAGUAAAACCGGGAAUAAUACACUUCGGUGGUUUUCAAGUGCACAAGGAACAUCGGCAAGUCUUCACGCUAAGAAAUGUCAGUCCGAAAGCCAUACGAGUCAUGGUUUUACCGCCAACGCAGGAAAAAGCUUUCAGGAUAAAGUAUCUCCUACACAGUCCCAGUUGCAUGCAUUGGCAUCUUUAUCAUCUCAAAAACAAGGUGAGAUUGACAAUCUCAAAAACAAUCUCACCUUGUUUUGAUGUUCCACUCGCUUAAGUACCUCCUUCCUCACUGAGAAAGCACGACUUGUUUUCAUGCAACUUGAUGAACUUCUAGUACAGCAGACUUUUCAUGUCCAAAUACACGUCGUCAUCAAGAAGAAUCACCGAAAUAUCAGCUUCGAGAAGCGAGGAUUGUUGGCGCCGGGGUCAGCGGAGGAAAUCGAGAUAUUUUUUGUACCAAAGGAAUGGCGGUAUUAUCACGACAAUUUGCAGAUUUUUACGGGAGAACAGGACGAGAACUUAGUCGUUCCGAUACACGGUUAUCCAUCAGCGAAUGACACAAAGUUCCCGGCCUACAUAGACUUCGGGACAAUAGCGCUGGCCACGUCAAAGACGAAGGUACUUUGGUCUGGUGUGCUUAAUUAGACUUCCUUCCAACAAAUAGUAGAAGAGGAAUUAUACAACUCCAGCAUAUUAUAAUAAAAUAUUGAUAUUGAUAUUAAUGCCAAAAAGGAGGCGUUGUCUUAUUCUAACUUUUCUGGAGGGUAGUCAUCUCCUCAAGAGAUGACAAGCAACGGCCACCGAUUCUUUUCGACGAUUUUCACACACAAAAAUGGCAACAGCUACUUCCGCUUUCGUGCAAAAUACCUGUGGAAUUCGAAUUCGAAAUCAAGAUUAUCGAAAAAGAUGACUCCUUCGAGAUUACGCCGUUACGAGGUGUCAUACCUCCGGAAUCAACGACGAAUGUGGCCAUCACUUACCUUCCGACACAAUCGAAGACGUGUAUCUCAAAUUUCCAACGAUUGACGUUGAUGUCCUCGUUGUAGCGUAGUACAACUGAGUCGAAAGUAGCUCACAACUGAAGCUGAACACACAUUCGAUAGGGAUAGGAUAAAAAAAACGCAUCGGGAUUGUACUAGUGCACUUGCCACGGUUUCUUCUUGUCAGCGCUUCUUUUUACCCGCCUUUUCAGCCACGAUGAAGAUAUCACUGGAAAUCGCGCAGUUUGACAGCAGGCCCGAAAUCAUAAAUAUCCUGGGGAAUUGUUUGCCUGAUUUGAGCAAACAAGAAGUAGUGACAGUCGGAGAGCGGGAGGUAAGCUGGUUAGACAUUCCUGUUGUGUCGUUUAAUGUUGUACGAGGCUACUAUACGUGCUUCAGCUUUAAUAUCGUCACCAUUGGCUUCCUUUGAUCUUGAUGUAAUAUUGUACUUGCCCAGGCCCAGCGUAUCUCAUAGCGUCCGAUGUAGUUAAAGCGCUCACUUGUUGACGCCCACUGAACACAAAUUCAGUACCGAAAAGUCCUGCGGGAACGGGCGAAAGCGCAGCUUGAAGAACGAGUAGACGUUCUUCUCGAACGAAAAAGUGACCCGUUCGUUGACAAGCCGUUCGUCAAACCGCAACCAGAAAUUAUGAGAUGAAAUUGCAUGGAAAACGAAAAACACUAUUCUAUUCCUGAUACGGAGCGAGGUAUCACAACAUCUAUCUUGAAGUAGAAUAUUCAUGUCUUAGCCUUUCCCCAUAUUGAUGCAGAAGGCUCCUCUAAUUUCCAGUACAAAGUGGUCUCGGACAUCAAGGUUCCACUCGAGGAGGUGUACGGUCAGCACCAUAUUAACUUCGUGAUGAAUCAGACGGCGGGGAAGAUGCCUCUGGCAGAUCUGGCAGACUUCAUCCGAGAGCAGAGGGAACAGCUGGAAGCGACACAGGCACAGGCGAAAAGUGGUGCGGAGAAAGACGAAACAGAGAUGACAGCCCAAGAUCGACAGGCGAAGGAACUGCGAUUCGACAUGCGGUUCAGGGACUUGGAAGAGUACAAAGAUUAUCAUGUUAGUCUAAGGAUGUAAUCAGAAGAGUCCAUUCCUUGAGAAUAUCACGGACGAAUAGCAGCGUCGAUCCCAUAAGUGAUUUCAAUUUCUAGGUUCACGUCGAAAUUGGAUCUGGCGUCGAUGUCUCAGAACUCGUCCAACAAGAAGAAUUACACUCUUCUUCUUCUUCUUCUUCCGCUACUUCAUCAGAUAUGACAAGAGCAAGGACCUGAAAGGAACAGAGGUAUGUUUGGGUGAGGUGGUCCCGACUAAUGCCGAGAAGGACGCAGUGCGAGACCGGCGGGCGGAAUUGCAGGGGCGCUUGCUCAGGAAAGCUCUGACGCAGGAUGUGAAGAGGUAUAGCGAAGAAGCCUCGAACGACACGCGAGUGCCGCUUCCUCUAGGGUGGCGAAGCUCCGUUCCCGCAUGUUGGGAUGUCUACGCCAACGACACCUUUAGCGUCCGAUUACAAGUCAUAGACCGGUUCGUACGAGCAGGAACAAAGAUGCUCAUGCAGAAUCGAGGAGCAAGGCGGUUGCAGAAACUGCGGGAAGCCAUAGCAGACGCGGGCGUCACGGACAGGGCAAGCUGUAGAGCAUGGGUCGAAGCAGAAAACAAAGCAGCAGCGGUCGCAAGUGCGCCGAAAGAGAAGAAGAAAGAGGGUACUAAGUACUUUCUUCGACAACUAGAUAGGCAGGAAGUAAAUCUAAAUUAUAGUGAUCGGCGUGAACUUCAACAAGAACUCGUAGUCAAAACAGUUCUACACCUAUGCAUGCUCACUCGUCAGGUGAAGAGGACGAUGAAGUCGAAGAGCAAGACGACGUGGCACCGCUGGAACUGGAUAGGAGCGGCAAGGCGCCAACUGCUAGGGUAGUCUUGUCUGGAGAAAGGCUGCUGCUACCGACGAUUUUACCAACAAGCGAGUCUGCACUAGGAGCGGACGAUGAGGAGAAAAUGUUCGACUUCGAACCGCUACUGAAUACCGACAGAGCGAACUUUUUGCAGUUUAAGCCUCUGCCACUCAUAGAAAGAGAAGACUACAAGGUGCUGUGACUUAUUGUUCAUUUACGAGACUUAGUUAGUAACGUAGUUGGUUUUGGCUAUCAUUCUACUGGCAAAGCUAUUUCUUGUCCUCAAUUGAUCGCAUAAAUCUAGUCUUCUCAUCAUUAUUGUCCAUUUUUUACGUACUUUCCUUUGGUGUCGCCGCAGUUAUAAUGCGUGCGUAAAACAACUUAGCUCGUGAUGCCAACUGUUAAACUGCGCAUGAAGAUCAUUUGUGCACUAAGAAUCACUCACACUCACUGCCGUCGACGUAGUACUAGUACUAGACUGCCUUCACAUUGUUCACCUCUUCAACAACAGGUCUUCAUGUAUGCGCCUAUGGAGAUGCCACUACCUGGGUACCACAUGAGGCCCACCGCAGGUCGGUAUGAGCAGAGGUACGCAUGUCUGGAGGAGCAAUACGUGCGAGGCGUGCGGGGUCUGACCACAGAUGGCGCCGAGGAGGUUCAGUUUACUAUGCCCGAGGCGUGUUUACAACCACCAGAGCACGAUCCACUACAAUUCAUUAUUCCAGACACAAGCGUGCGGACCUGGGUCGGGCUGCCAACGGACUUCCAUGAGUACCACUUUUUAGAUUCUUGAUGAUCUUCGAGGUUGGUCUUUUAUUACACCAGGCUACUGCUUUCCAAUUCCAUAGAAAGGAUCUUUCCUUCAUGUUACCGGCAAGGACGUGCAGCUGCAGAUGAUCACUUUCACAUUCACCUCGUCCGUUUUGUUUUCCAUCCUUUGACAGGUGCGAUUUCGAGUACAUGCUUGGCGUGGAAGAGGAACCUAUGAUUCGAGACUUCCACUACUGCUUGGAACCGCGGUUGACGUUAGAUGGCAUGGGUUUCGAGAUGCCAAGUGCCAACUUUCCGCAAUGGCAUGACAUCUUUAGAGAGUCAAGAAACGUUACGGAUCCCUUCAGCGACAUGGAUCCAUUUCCAGUGUCCACUGCAGAAGGCGGCGGCAAGAUGGGGCCAAAAGCAUGCGGCGAUAUCCUUGGCGAACGUACGUGCUUCUUGUUUCUCUUAUCUUGCAGCACCAUCAUGCAAACAUUUAUUUGAUAGAAAAAUUGGAUACUUAUUAUUAUAUUUAUCAUUUUUAGACCGGUUAGUUUUCACCUCUAGAAACUUUAGGGCUAUCCCACCAAACAAAUUAUUUAUCAUGCUUAGAGUCGCCAAGGCAGUACUAGAGGAUGAGGAAGAACACCUGGUGUGGCAAGCCCAUUAUUCAUCUCUUCCCUGAUCAGGUAUCCGAUAUCUCCCUGUCGAGCGCGUGCCUGGGGACCGGGACAUUCCCUCAGAUACAGACUCGGAUGGCCGGGACGAACAGUUUGAGAUGCCAAGACCUAAAAUGGAAGAAUAUCUCAAAAGCUGGUACCAUCCCGACGUCAUCGCAAGUGCGACUGAGACACACGCGAAGUUAAGACCUGCAACCAAUUGCAUCUAUCUUCAUAAGUUCCUACUACACAUCAUUCAUUCAUUCAUCAUCAUCGUCGGAGGAAACAAGUGGGCUCAUUUUUCCUCAACAACAUCUAAAAGACCGUGUCGCAGAGUGGACCGAUUUGCAAGAGAAGGCGGCUAAGAUCGACUCCGCAGUGUUUGCGGAAAGAGAGGAGGCACGCGCGGCCCAGAAGAAGCUGAGCGACUUGCGAGAACCGCCAAGAUUUCCGCUUUUGCCAGAACACGACUAUGAGAUCGUCGGAGACAAGCAUGUCAAGGAAGCGUACUUGGAGGAGCUGCUUGAGGUCGGAAACAGAAAGCGGGCGACGAGACUGCGCGACGACCUCAGCGACUGCAACAAAUACCUCGACCCUAAAGCCAAGCUCUUCUUGGGCUAGGGGUAGGCGAUUGCAUUUUGCAUGCUGUCAGUCAGAGAGUAGAUUUAUGAUCAUGAAAAUAUCAAUAUGUCGUGUGCUUGUCGUGGUUCUAGUGUUUCGUCAUCUUAACUAUGUAUAACUACCUUCCCAAAAACGGAAACAAGUUAGAUAGAGGUAUACUUCAUCGUGCAAGGUGCUCUCGUUAGGCGAGACGAUUUCGAAAUUGUGAACUGCUUUUUUCUUCGAGCUCGAUGCCAGAUCUCACCGGAACGCUUGAGCACUAGUCUUUUUCUUUUUUUGUCUCACGUAUUCGUAUUGAAAAAUCAUCAAACUCAUUCGGCUAAUACAAUUGAUUAUCGUGGUAAUUCUUGUUUGAAAAUGACAUGAAUGUUAUGUGAAGAAGAUAAAUGCUUUUUUUCGUAGUCUGGAGAUGGGUUUACAAGAGGAUAAACUUUAACGUGUAUUGUUUGCAUUUCAGAAUCAUGUGUCCUUUUUUUAUGCGAACAAGAUCGCACUAGGUGGCGUGAGCAUUAAGGAUCUAGAUUUAGUCAGUUUAGAUUGUAGUAAUAAAACUGCUCAUGUGCCGCAUUCUGCUUCUGGUGUGGAUGAUAUUUUGUCCAAGAUUUUGGCGUACUACUCAUUUCGAUAUUUUAUACCAGAACCACGCUGAUGCAGUCAGCGUGUCGCUUCUCUGAUUACCAGUCUACUUUUUACAGUAAUUGUCCAUUGACUUAAAUCUAAUGACAAGAUUAUAGUAUGCUUGGUGUAAACAUCAAGAAUCAUUGUUCUAUUUCGAUAGCGCGCUCUUUCUCUUUGUUUCCAGUGGACUCCCGCAGUCUUUCCGUAGUAUAUUCGACAGCGAUGAGUGUCGUAUCGCUUGUAGCGAUGUUGCAUAGGACCAUAAUCAUAAAAUGGAUGCAAUAAAAAAAGUGAAUCAAUAACUACGUGCCCUGUAUCUAUCAAAAGUGCAGCACGCAGAAGUGGUGGAUGGAGUGUAAUCAACCAAGAAGCAGUCCACUACAACUACAACUAGAACUACGGUGCAUCCAGCACGAGUAGAGAGGGAAGAUGCAAGUGCGCUCGCAGACGACCCUCAAGUGGGCGAUUCCUAGGGUAGCCGCAUCGUCAUCAAGAAGGAUAAGUAGCGAGUGAGAAUGGUUGCAUCUUGACAUUAAAACCUGUCAUUUCGAUUCUGAUCUUGCCGGGUGUUCAUCGUAGUACUGCUGUGUUCUCAACAUCUGGAUCUGUGCAAGUGCAAUAUAUGAACGCACUAAAAGUAAAAA